AUGGCGCUCAGCGUUCCUGCCGGUAUUGCAGAAGAAGUCGCGGCGGGCUUCCGUCGCUUUCGCGACCCUCUCCCCGAACAUGCGACGGAAAUCACCGGCCUCAUCGCCGAUCUCUAUACAAUCAGCUCGUCGCUCAAGACACUAGAGGAUCUCUCCACGGACCGUCGCUACCGACUCAACAUUCCCUUUGCUCGACCGGACCUAGACUUGGUCAGCGCCAGCUUGCAGUAUACGCUCGAUGACAUUGUCGAUUUCUUCGGCCACCUCGAGGGCCGCAGAGCGUCAAGUCGGGAUAUCCAUAAACGAAUCUGGGUGUCCUUGGGCAGGUUUUUCAUGGACGAGUCUGCGGAGUCAUUGGCUAUACGGCUAGCCAAGUACAAGGUAUUUUUGCAAGAAUUGGAGGAUUAUAUCAAGGACAACAAUCCCGACCAGGGCCACAUGUCUCGCCUCCGUGAAGCGUUCAAGGAGUUGUUGGUCCAACAGGAUAGUCGUCUCGCAUUGCGCUUGGGCACAAUGUCCGUGAGCUCCCCGUCCUCGACGAGCAGCAAUAGUACGACACCGAGUAGCCCGGUGAGCGACAGAAAGCCCCGCACCCGUAGGUCCUACGAGCGUCAACGGCCGUCUCAUCUUUCUCCACUGUCGCCCAUAUCAGCGUCGUCUGGAUCUUUCUUUGACAUCCCCACUGUUCCCGAUGCUCCGGGCUCGCCGAUCACAAGUUCGGCUACCACUCAAUCAUUGGGCUCUAACACUUCGGCUGAUCAUUGGGCGUCGCGAGUCUUCUAUGGUCCGCGCACAGCUACUCGUAUUCCCGGCAGGGGCCACGAGUAA